CGGUGGCUGGCCAAGCUCCUCUCCUCUCUGUCCUGCUCUCCACUUGGCUUCCAUGAGUUUGAAUGAGGACAAGCCAUUCCUCCCUGGAAGAUGGGAAAUGCUUCAGACACAUCUGCUGUGUUUGCCUCCACCAUCUCCAAGGAGCACGACAUCCUCAUGGGUUCCCUCUACAGCAUCUUUUGUGUCCUCUCCCUCAUGGGCAACUGCAUUCUGCUCCUUGUUGCAUAUCACAAGCGCUCGACCUUGAAGCCAGCUGAGUUCUUCAUCAUCAAUCUCUCCAUCAGUGACCUUGGGAUGACGCUCUCUUUAUUCCCACUGGCCAUACCAUCAACUUUUACACACAGGUGGCUGUUUGGAGAAAUCACCUGUCAGCUCUACGCCAUGUGUGGAGUACUGUUUGGUCUGUGCAGCUUGACCAACCUCACAGCCCUCUCCUUAGUGUGCUGCCUUAAGGUCUGCUUCCCCAACCACGGGAACCGGUUCUCCUCGUCGCACGCCCGCCUCCUGGUCGUUGGAGUGUGGUGUUACGCGUCCGUGUUUGCUGUUGGGCCCUUGGCACAGUGGGGACAUUACAGUCCUGAGCCUUACGGCACGGCCUGCUGCAUUGACUGGCGUGCACCGAACCACGAGUUCUCGGCUUUGUCUUACAUCGUCUGCCUUUUCCUUUUUUGCUACGCGCUGCCCUGCGCCAUCAUCUUCCUUUCCUACACUUUCAUUCUGCUGACGGUGCGGGGGUCACGCCAGGCCGUCCAGCAGCAUGUGUCACCACAGACCAAGAUCAACAAUGCACACGCUCUCAUUGUCAAGCUGUCAGUAGCCGUAUGUAUAGGCUUCCUGUGUGCCUGGACUCCAUACGCCGUCGUGGCCAUGUGGGCUGCUUUCGGAGACGCCACACUGGUUCCUCCCGAUGCAUUCGCCCUCGCCGCCGUGCUAGCCAAAACGUCCACUAUCUACAACCCAAUGGUCUACCUGCUGUGUAAGCCCAACUUCCGCGAGUGUCUCUAUAGAGACACGUCCAUGUUGCGACAGAGGAUCUACAGGGGAAGUCCGCAGUCGGAGCCAAAAGCACAUUUCGGAUCGACCUCGCAGCGCAACAAGGACAUGAGCGUCUCCAUGCACUUCUCCAAUGGACAGCAGGAGAGCUACGGGGUGUGUCAUGUGACAACACCCCAAAGGACGGCCUGCGUCCUGACUGAAUCCACAUGCAGAGAGGUGACAGUUAGCCAGCUCUCUGACAAACCUCAGGCUGAUUUCCUCUAG